ACUGAGAAGGGUGGCGUGGCAGGGUGGGCGGGCAGACGUGGCAGCGGGGGGAGGAGCGGAAGGGGAGGGGCGAGGGCGAGGCGGACGCGUGGGAGGGUGGGGGAGAGGGCAGAGCAAAAAACAGGCACAUCUGCUUUCCAGCGCAGGAGUCGCCGCACUGGCUGCGGAGCGGCGCGCACGGCGUCCACGAAGGGGCCGCACAGGGCGCCUUCCCACGGCCGCUCGGCCGCUGCACCACCGGCCCCACCACAGCAACGCAGGCCACCUCGAGCCCAAAGCGUGGCCCUGCGUGGCCCGGCGUGGCCGCGCCUCACUCCCGGACCGCAGGCCCGUCGUGGCGAAACCAGAGCACCACGCUGCUCCGCACGCCGCCCCUCCAGGGCAGGGUCUCGUGCUCGUGCUGGCCCCAGUGCAUCAGGACGGUGCCGGGCGCAAAGCUGCCGAAGUCGAUCGUCUCUGGCCCACCCUCGACGCUGUCGUUCGUGCGCAGGCGCCUCAGGCCGUGGAAGCGCACCUCGGUGCCCCUCAAGUCCUCGGAGGCCUCGAGGAAGAGGUUCAGGGUGAAGAGGCACUUGUCGACGUGCCGCCGCAAGACCUGAUUGGAGCCCUCCUCGUAGGAGAUGAAGAAGCCGGAGUCCAGGGUGAGGUCGCCCGCGCUGAGGCCGAAGUGCCCGAGCAGGGGCCGCUCGACGGCUGCCAGCAGCGCGGGCACCACGUACCGCGGAAACGGCGUCUUCGCCACGUCCAGGGAGUACCGGUGCAGCGUGUUGAACGACUCGCUCGUGAGGAGCGACUGCCGCAAAUUCGAAGCCCAGUCUGCGCUUCCUCCGCGUCGAAAGCGUCACCGACGGUCUCGUGCACCAAGCCGUGUCGGCACAGCUCCUCCUCCAUGCGCGGGCCGCAUGCCAGGUGCCGCGACCCCCGCGGUGACCUUCGCGCCGCGGGAUGCCACGCCGACGUGCGCCAGAGCGCUGCCUCGAGCCGAUAUGGCUACGGUUAGGUCGGGCAUGUCCUCCUACAGGCGGACUAUGAAAGGACACAUUAAGAACUAGUCAGA